AUGCCCAAAUCGGACUCAGGACGGCUUCCCAAGAACUGGCCUCCUAAUGUCUCAUACCUCACGGCACCAAGCUACUCUCAAGCCCUCAGCGCAGCCCACCUCUCCAGCCUUCGAACACGCCCCAAAGACACCCAGGACAUCCCCCCCAAUACCCCGAGCGGUCCCUGUCCGCUCGUGAAAAUCACGCCCAUCACGUCGCCUUCCCAUCCGGCACAUGGCCAAUACGGACUCUUCGCUUGCAAAGAUCUCAAACCGGGGUCCUUCAUCCUGCCCUACCUCGGGGAAAUCCACGGUCCGCCAUCAUGCAGCAGCGAUGCAGCAUCUCCCAGCUGCGUGACCUCCUCGGACGCCGCCGACCCGCACGCCGCGUCGGACUACGAUCUGAGUUUGGACCGGGAGCUCCAGCUCGCCAUCGACGCGCAGCGGAAGGGCAACGAGGCGCGCUUCAUCAACGACUACCGCGGGGUCGCGGACCGGCCCAACGCCGAGUUCAAGGAGGUGUGGGAUCCGAGGAGGAGGGAGAGGGGCAUGGCGGUUUGGGUGCUGGGCGAGGGCAGGAGCGGCAAGGGGAGGGGCGGCGUCAAGAAGGGAGACGAGAUUCUGGUUAGCUAUGGAAGGGGCUUUUGGGGUGCCAGGAAGACAGACGGAUGA